AUGGCUAACCAGAGCUUUGCCAUCGACGGCCCGGGCAGUUUACUGGCUGUGCUGGCCUCCCAGAGCGGACUGGCAAAGGGUGGCAGCAGCAGCCUCGUUGAUAGCAGCGCUGGAGGGAUCUCUGCCACGGAUGUGUCUGCCUACUUUAAGCUGGUCUUCUUGGGCUUGAUCAUCUGUGUCAGCCUUGUAGGAAACCUCUUGGUGUCCAUGCUGGUGCUGAGAGACAGGACACUUCACAAGGCUCCCUAUUUCUUUCUUUUGGACCUGUGCCUGGCCGAUGCAGUUCGCUCUGCUGCCUGCUUCCCCUUCGUGCUGGUUUCUGUCCACAACAGCUCGGCCUGGACUUACAGUGCCUUGAGUUGUAAAGUUGUAGCUUUCAUGGCUGUCCUGUUUUGUUUUCACGCUGCCUUCAUGCUGUUCUGCGUGGCUGUCACCCGCUACCUUGCCAUCGCCCACCACCGUUUCUAUGCCAAACGCAUGACCAUCUGGACCUGUGCCGCCAUCAUUUGCAUGGUGUGGACUCUGGCAGUCGCCAUGGCGUUCCCGCCCGUCUUCGAUGUGGGGACUUACAAGUUCAUCCGUGACGAAGAUCAGUGCAUUUUUGAACACCGCUACCUGAAGACCAACGACACCCUGGGCUUCAUGCUCAUGCUGGCCGUGGUGGUCCUGGCCACUCACGGCUUCUACGCCAAGCUCCUGCUCUUUGAGUACAGACACCGCAAAAUGAAACCUGUCCAACUGGUGCCGGCCAUCAGCCAGAACUGGACCUUCCACGGUCCUGGGGCCACAGGUCAAGCUGCAGCCAACUGGAUUGCAGGGUUUGGUCGCGGCCCCAUGCCGCCCACUCUGUUGGGUAUUAGGCAGAAUUUACACAAUCAGCACCGGCGGCUGCUGGGUAUGGAGGAAGUGAGGUCAGAGAGGAGGCUGGGCAGGAUGUUCUACACCAUCACUCUGCUUUUCCUCGUCCUCUGGGCGCCCUACAUUGUGGCGUGCUUCUGGAGGGUCUUUGUGAAGUCCUGCACCAUGCCCCACAGGUACCUGUCCAUCACAGUGUGGAUGAGCUUCGCCCAGGCCGGUGUCAACCCCAUCUUCUGUCUCCUGCUUAACGAGGACCUGAGGAAAGUGCUGAGGGCUCACCUGCCUACUUACUGGAGGACUAAACAACACCUGCCCCAGGAUGAGGCCUACUGCAUCAUGUGAGGGGAAAAUGGGUUAAUGCAAGGAGUGUUUCAGGCUUUACAACAAGAUUUAGGGCAGAAGUGUAUCGUUGCACUCGGAUUAAACGUUGGUGUCUGUUUUGUUGUUUUGCACAACAAAAUUAAAAUCCUGCUAACAAAUUCAGACGCAGCGUUUGAAAAAAUAUUUAUACUUGACCAAUAAAUGGUGCGGUGCGAAAAUUUGAGCAGGGCAGCAGAGAAAAGAAAUGAGAGAUCACAAAAACCAACGCUGGUAAUGAGGGAUAGACCGGAGAGACCACAAUAACCACCACCCCAGUUAAGCAUGACAGGUGCCAUUUCAAAAUAACGAUGCCUUAUUUCAGACGGACACGCUGCCGAGCUUUCAGCUGAGAACUGGUUUUGUGAGGCACCGAGCCGAAGCGGACCUUAAAGAAAUGCGCCGUGGACUGUGAGUGGAAGGGGCUGAUCAGAGCGUCUCUAACUCGGAAACACGUCAGAGAACUCAAAGGGUCUGAACGGAGCGACGGACCACUCCGGACACCUUUUCGUGUAAUUCAAAGGAAACUUGCAGAAUAUUAAGCGGACCCAAUAACCUUGGACACAUUUAAACAGCUGUUGUGAACCCAGAAGCCCCUAACAUGCUUGAUUUUUUUGGACUUUUAGGGCGAGUCAGGUUUCUUUGUAUCAUAAAAGAAAAAAAAAGAAUUGCCUGUUUUGCUUUAUUUGUAAACUAUACAUGUUAAGCAGAUGGCACUAUUUUGAAAUAUGACUUGAUUUCAUAUUGUAUAGACUGUAGAGGAAUGGCCAUUCCUGCUUGUGUGUUUUUAUAAAGCAAUCGUGUGUGUGUGUGUGUGUGUGUGCGCGUGUGAGCGGGGGUGGGGUGGGUGGGGGUGGGGGGGCUGAAUAAGUUUCAGUGAGUCAAAAUGAAAGAAACCACAUUUUGUUUCACGAUCCUGCUAAAUUGGGAAAUCAUCAUGUGGAAUUUUAUUCUUUAAAUAGAUUUCUGCAGCUGAAAAUGUGGUUUGUUGUUUUUGUUUAAAGCUGACGUGCAAGUAAAUGUGAAAUGUAGAAGGGUGAUGGUAACAAUGGGACAGGUUCAUUUGUAUAUUGCAAACAGGCCAUAGAUAAUAAUGACUUGAAUAUUGAUGUAUGUGUAUUACAUCAAAUGAAGGAAAGAGAAUGAGAAAAUGUACAUUUUUUUUGCAAACGAAGCUCUUGGGAAUGUUUCAAAAAUGCUGAACUGUUUCCGUGUGCUUUUACCAGAAUGCACCUUUAAAGAGGAAGUGAUGCGUCCCCAUAUUGGGAAGGAAAUUUGAAUGUCAACUUGACCCUCUUUAUAUUACUGCUCAAUUAAAAAUGUUGCCAUGCGAGUCUGGAUCACAGGAUGUUUUUCAAAUCUUAAGCAACUUCGCGGAAUUGUUUCUCCAAAUUAAGAUUCGUGUGAUGCAAAUGUCCGACCUUCGGUGCGUUAGGCAUAGAUUUCUACGUGCGGUCGGUUUUUCUCUGUGUGGACACUUGCACAGCAUACUGUUCUAGCAUGCAUUCCACUGCGUUUCAUAGAGUCCAGACCGGCUUCUGCAACUUGUACAGAUGUGGAUGUGGACGGAUGGAAGUGAAGAAGUGAACAGAGGUCCAUAAUUUUUAUGUCUGGCAUUCCUUGGCGAGAUGAUAUUCUGUAACUGUACAGUUUUCCUGAGGUGGUUCUUUUGCCCACUCAUCAAUAAAGACUCUACUUUUGAUGCA